UCGGUGAUGGACUCCUAGUUGAGACGAUGGUCGACCAUUAGUUGGCUUCUUCUUUCCGAUGAGAGAAGAGCAUCAGUUGGACAUCGUUUGUUUCUUCUUCAUCCUCAUCAGACCAUACGUCAAACCUAAAAGCUUCAGAUGCCAAAUUCCAGUAGAAUAUUUGCAAAGGCAGUCCGCGACUUCACGCUUUAUCACUGAGUAGGCCAAAUCCUGUGGACCGUCUUCGCUGCACCACGGUUGGCCACGAGGCUCCAAAGCAUCCUGUUUGGUCCAUCCGAUCAUCGACGGACGGUCCUGAUGCCCUUGGCAAGCUCAUCCAUGUGCUGAUGGAAGCAAAAGCUGAUCCCGACUCCUUUCGUGCCUUCGGAGAACAAAUAGGGGGUCGCAGCUUUGCUUCGGCAAAGGAGAGUUUCCAGCUUCGUCAAACAUGGUUCAGAUCAGAGAAUUAAGGAUCGUCAUGCCCAUCUCAUUGGAAGAGUAUGAGAUUGCUAUGAUGUAUACCAUCAUGAAGAUGAAGCAACAGAACACCACUAGCGGACAAGGGGUGCAGACAUUGCGGAGCAUAGCUUUCGAGAACGAAGAGCUUGGGAAGGGGCAGCAUCAGACAAAGAUUUAUCAUUUUGAGAGCGUGAUUCCUCCUUGGCUCAAAACUUUUACACCAGCUGAAGUCCUGACCUUGGAAGAAGAAUCCUGGAAUGCGUACCCCAAAAGCAAAACAGUGAUAAAGUGCCCAUACCUCAAGCAGUGCUGCCUGACGAUUGAAACCAUGAACAAGGCUGACAACGGCUGUUCUGAGAAUGUUCAUGGCUUGAGCAAAGAAUUAGUAGCUAAAAGAAAAGUGGAGAUCAUCGACAUAGCUUCUGUUUCGAGAGACUACUGGAGUAAGGUCGCCGGUACUUCCAAACUAGACUUGUCUGAAUUCAAGUCACACAAGAGCGGUCGAGGUCCACUUCUGAGAGGAUGGCAGGCUUCAUGUCAACCAGUCAUGACAACAUACAAAUUAUUGACCAUGGAUGCUCCUAUUUGGGGCCUUGGCUUUUGUAUGGAGGAAGCCAUAAUUGCGAGUCAGAAGGCAGUUCUUUUGGAAUUUCACAAGCUUUGUUUUGCUUGGAUUGAUGAGUGGUUUGGGAUGACUCUGGAACAAAUCACUGAAAUGGAGAAACAAAAUGAAUUGUUACUCAAGAAGAGGUUCCAAAUUUCAUCUUUUGGUUCAAGCAAGCAAGAUGUCAAAAGCAAAAAACAAGCAUGGCAAUAAAAAGAUUGUUUCAGUUUCAAACAAUCCAUCAAGCUGUAAACAAUGAUUGCAAGAUACAAAGUCCCUGCCAGAACAGAAACCCAAACACGAUACUGCAAAUUGCAACCGUUAUUUGAUAUGGUCAAAAGAAAAUGGAAUAAGACAUUUUGAUGCAAUGGCUGUGAAGGCUGUUUGGUUCAAUUCAUCUAGAUGACGUAAAUAUUCGGUAUUUGCUUAAC